CAUCAUCCUUCAGCUUCAGCUAGUUUGUGGCAGACGUGGUUUGGAUUCGGGUGAGAUAGUUUUGUCUGUUUCGUCAAGCCAGUGAAGAAUGUACUGAGAAGAAAUCGUUUUAUCAGUGCCCCAAGUAGCAAAACUUCUAUUUUUCGCUUGUUAAUCGGUCCUGAAAGUAGUAUUUCCGAUCGACGUGUUGCAUUUUAUGGAAAAAGUGGAUUUUUCAUCGCGGUAAAGCUAAGUGCUGAUGAGGUGGACCCGGAUUGUGAAGUCACUUCUCGGGUGUGUACAAAGAUAGGCGUCAUCGAUUGUAUUUUCCGGUUGUGGUUUUACUAGAUACUGGACGCACUGCCACAUGUGAGCGAACAAUCCCGACCAACUCGAAAGGUGUUCAUUUCUGCGAGAGUGAACUGAGUGACCAGACUAAACGCAGUACUAGCCCAGACAAACAGAUUCCGUGUGCAGUUCGCCUUUACUGCUGCUGGUGUGACAGACAGAAGCUAACGGAGUGUUGGUGGACUCACAACGUAAAAGUGUCAAAAACGGCCAGAACACGAGUCGCUCGGAUUUGGAUUUGGGUUGGCUGCAUCAUCAUCAGCAGCAGAGCAGUGUGUGUUGUCCAAUUCGAUAACCUGUGUUGGAAGUGUGAUAGAAAAGUCCAAUUACUACAGGUUUUAAAACAGUGCCAGUGAAUGUUCAAGGUCUUCUGUGGUUGACACAUCUUCGGUGCUAUUCCCUGGGGGAAGGUGUACAAGUGUGAGAUUCAUUGCUUUGCUUGACCUAAAAAAGAUUAACUUGUGAAGCCAGCAAGUGCAACAACAACAACAGUAGAAAACCCGAAGAAAAUGGCAGAUGUAGAUGAUGUGAUAAGUGACCAGGAGAAGAUUCGGAUCGUGAAUGACUUCAUUCUGCACGCUCCUCCGGGCGAGUUCAACGAGGUGUUCAACGAUGUCCGGGAGUUGCUGAACGACGACCGGCUGCUGAAGGAGGGGGCCAGUGCGGCCUGUGCCCAGUACAACAAGGAUCAGCUAACGCCGGUCAUCCUCGAGGGCUCCGGGCUGGCCGUGCUCGUCACAGAGUUCAACGAUCUGGGUGGCGGCCGAUUCUUCGACCCCCGGACCAAACAGAGCUUCAAAUUCGACCACCUGCGCAAAGAGGCCCUCGACCUGCAGAACCACGAGUGCGACCACAUCUCGGAACCGUGGCGCUCCAUGCUGGACAUCGAAACGCUAACGUACUGUGCGAACCACUACCGGAACGGAUCCUGCUCGGUGUACGGGCGCAGUAACAACGGACAGAUCCAGCUGAGCAUCUGCAUCGAAGAUCACCAGUUCCAGCCGAAAAACUUCUGGAACGGCCGGUGGCGUUCGGUGUGGUCCAUCAGCUUCCCCGCGUCCGGUGGUGGCACGGCCGAGCUCAAGGGCAUGCUGAAGCUGCAGGUGCACUACUACGAGGACGGUAACGUGCAGCUGGUGUCGUCGAAGGAGUUCCGCGAAUCGGUGGUCAUCACGAACGAAGCCGCCACUGCCAAGGAGAUCCUGCGACUGGUCGAGGAGAGCGAACACGACUACCAGACGGCAAUAUCGGAGAACUACCAGACGAUGUCCGAUACGACAUUCAAGGCGCUCCGAAGGCAGCUGCCCGUGACCAGGACGAAAAUCGACUGGAGUAAGAUAGUGUCGUAUAGUAUCGGUAAGGAACUGAAAACGCAGUAGAUUUAUUAAGGACUUUAUUACUAUUAUUAUUAUUAUUUUCUAUGCGAGAAUGGGGGAUCGUGAUGUAUGCAGGGGGAUAGAAGAACAAAGUCUAGGAAAACAUACACAAACAGACACGAGCCUGCUCGCGCCGGUGGGAUAUGUGCAUUCGGGCACGAAGAGGGGGUCGCACUCGUGUCCUCCAGUAGGUAUCGCUUGUCAUAGUCUCGUCGUCCCACGCCAAGCAGACAGGGGUUAAUCUAGCUAGGAGAGAGGUUAUGUGCAAGCUAACGAAACGACGCGGAAGGCUAAACACAAUUAUUAAUAAAUUUAACAAAUUACUUCCGAUUGGACGGAAGAUCGCACGCAAUCAAGCCAAUAUUCGACGCAGUAAUAUAGAGGGAAAAAAUGUUGUAUGUUUUAUGAUUGGAUGCAAGCGACAUGAAAUUAAGGUAAAAUCGGAGGAUUUUUGAUCAUUCAGAGGGUUAACGUCACGUUGGUUUUAAAUAAAAUUCAUUCAUUAUUUAUUUCGCUGUUUCAGAAGUAUGUUUCACUGGACAGUAUAAGAAUCGGAGUAAUCUUUAUACUUGACUGUUGGUUUCCGUUUGAUUACAAUCUGUUUUCCUGUCGGCUGAAGAUAUCAUUGGAUUGGCAUUUUAGAAUUUUCUUAGGUAUUACUGAAUAUCUUCAAUGAGGAGAGCUCUUGGCGAAACCAAAAUAAUCUGAAUAAGAUUCUUCAGACAUAGCAAUAUGGAAUGGCUGCUCUGAUCUUCUGUGCCUAUGUUUUCAAUACAAUUCAGGUGUUUGUCGUUGUACUGCUCCCACAUUUCAACCAAGGUCGGGAUUUAUUCAGGUGGCGCAGAUCUUUUUCCACUGUCCUGCAAUGAAUCUGUAAUGAUAGGAGCUUUUGGCGAAUUCUAAGCAAUCUUUAUACAGUUAGUCAGCCAGAACAGUGUUGGAUGGCUGCCCAGAUCUUCGUUACCAAUGUUUUCAGUGCAUUUCAGGUGUUUGCCCAAGUACUGCUUCCACCGUUCAACCACCUAGCCUAGUCGUUGAGACAUUCUUGUUCUUACUCUUUAACAUUUCGGCUUGUUAAAAGACCUACGUUUUCGGCGGUUGUGUUGUGGCGGAAUCCAUAGUCAAAUCCUUUUUCAGUGUACAGGAAAUUUGACUCAAUUUUGAGUUUGUGACACAUACCCAAUUAUACACAGAAAUCAAGUUCCUGAAGUGGAAAUAUGCAAUCCACGUUACUUUCAGUAGUUCACCACUGUAAUUGGUGACUGUAACCAUCUUCCAAUGUGACGUCCAUCUUUUCAAAAUGCUCAAAAAGCACAAAACUAAACCAUAGGAUAAACGGAUUCGGUCCGCCUAACAAACAGAUUCAAACCAGCGUAAUUCGGUAAUAUUUUGUUGAACGUUGUCGUCAUCAAAAGAUAUACUUUUGUCUAUAAUAGAACUACUGCGCUGUAAAUGCAUUGCCGUAAGCUGUAAGGAUAGUAAAAGUAAAACAUAUUGAAAAUUAUAAAAGAACGGAAUAUAAAGUAAAAUCAAUUAUAGCAUACAUCAAAAACUCGAAUUCACCGACGUUUGGCCUGCAACAUAGAAUCCUAGUUAAAGAAAAAAAAAAACACUGAAAAACCUCCUUUUCUAUUAGGUAGUUAACGAUUCUACACGAACACUGACACUCACACAUACAGCUAAAUCGGUAUCCUUGUAGAAACAUAGAAAUUGAACCAUUUGGUAUCGUAGAGACGAUACAGUGAUGAUACUUCUAUGCCCAUUGAUUUAUGAUUAUAGUCCAGGUAACACCAAGCACUUAACGCUUCAAACUAUCGAUGUAGUGCUUGUACAGUGCUAAUAAGUAAUUUAUCAGUUCUAUAUGAGUACUAUAUGUCCGAUUUAGCGAAACUUAGCACUCCACUUGAAUUGAAAUCAUGAUGGCAAGAUGAUUUGAUUGCAGACAGUGGGACUCAGAACUCACUUGCGAGGUUCUUGAAAGUACGAAAAUUUUUCGAUUAACUUAUGUAUCACUUCUAGACAAUGUUUUGAAGAUUCUUUGCGCUUAUAGACUGGUAAAUAUAAAUGUCUGAAGCAUUCACGUGUAUAAUACUGCAAGGUCCCAUAAUUUCACAUUCUAGGGUCAAAUAGAAAUACACCCCUUUCCUCAGUAGUAGAAAGUGGAUGCCCAAUCCAAUCAUUAGGCUUUUUAGAACCACCCCGACAUCUAGUAUUACAUUGAAAACUUAAAUACUAAUGCAAAAGUAGGAGAAUCACUAAAUUAGCUAAACAAGAUAUCGGAAAAAAUAAGGAGAAGCGAACAAAACACGGCAUUGCACCGUUUCGUCAGGACGUAGAAGCGUAAUUUUUGAAAAUUCUUUCGAGUAGAAAAAAUAUUCAUCAAAAUGAGGAAGAAUCGCAAUUUAAACACAUACACAUUUUCACACACAUAUACACACACAUGCUGCAUACAAUAACGAUAAAUGUGUCGACGAAAGAGAUAAAAUCAGUGCGUUAACCCCGAACGGUGAUCAGAGUCAGAUUAAGCAGACGAAGAAAAAGAACAAGCUGAAGACGACAGAAUGAAACUUUAAGUGGCAAGCUACCAAUUACAGUCACAACAAUGACAACAAAUACUUCAACACAGUAAAUAAGACAGAUAUAAAAAAGCAAAAAUUGCACGCGCAGUAAACCGUUGAGUAAU